AUGAAUUUCGAGCUUCCCACCGACCUUCAAAACUACAUCUCCCGCAUCGACACUUUCAUCAAGGACAAGAUUCUCCCACUCCAGCACAAGGACGACAACAACCGCUUCUUCGACCAUCGUCGCGAAUCUUCCCGGACGCAAUGGGACAACCAAGGCCUCCCUACUCACGAGUGGGAGAAUCUCCUCCGCGAAGCACGCAAACUGGCCGACGAAGCUGGGUUUUAUAGGUUCGGUUUCCCAAAGCAGUUUGGCGGUGCUGGCAGUGAGCAGCAGAACCUGUACAUGUGCGCCAUUCGGUACCAUCUGUCGUCCCACCCGGUCUAUGGAGGCGGCGUGAGUCUGGCCAAUGACCUGCAGAACGAACACAGCGUCGUCGGCAACAAUCCGUUUAUCAUCAUGAUGCACCACUACGGCACAAAGGAGCAGCAGAACAAGUACAUCCCCGCCAGCAUCAAGGGUGAGUUUAGAUCCACAUUUGGCUUGACGGAGAUCUAUCACGGCUCCGACGCAACCCAUAUGGACACCACGGCGAAACCGAUCACCAUGCCCAACGGCGAGCCUGGUUAUGAGAUCAAUGGCAACAAGAAAUGGCAGACUGGCAUGCACGCCGCCACGCACUGUCUGGUCUUCGCGCGAACCUCGGGUAAGAACGGAUCUCCAAAGGGCAUCACUGCUUUCAUCGUUCCCCGAGAGACGCCAGGAUUGACUGUCGCUUCAUACGAAUGGACCCUCAACAUGCCGACCGACCACGCAACAGUGCUCUUCGACAAAGUUCGAGUUCCUGCCUCCGCUAUCCUUGGGCCGGUGGACAACGGCCUGGCCAUUGCGCAGACAUUCACACACGAAAAUCGUAUUCGACAGGCGGCCUCCAGCUGCGGUGCAGCACGGUACUGCAUCGACCGCAGCGUCGAGUACGCGAAGAAACGGACCGUCUUUGGGAAACCUCUCUCGGCAAACCAAGCCAUUCAGUGGCCGCUUGUGGAGCUCUCUACCCAGGCCGAGAUGCUGAGACUGUUGAUCCUCCGCACCGCCGUGGAAAUGGACCAAGUCACAGCGGCAUGCAAAGCCAACGGCACCGCACCGUGGAUUGCCAUCGAGAAGCAACUGGGCCAUAAGAUUGGCAUGUGCAACUACUACGCCAACCGUCUGUGCUGCGAGUCUGCGGAUCGAGCGAUCCAGAUCCACGGCGGCGUUGGAUACUCGCGACACUACCCCUUUGAACAUAUCUGGAGACACUUCAGAAGGUAUCGGAUCACCGAAGGUAGCGAAGAAGUGCAGAUCCGGAAGGUCGCCGCGUAUCUAUUUGGGUAUAAGUCGACAGGAGAAGAUGACAAGAAACCUGAGGCGAAAUUGUGA